CGCCCGAGAGAGAGAGAGAGAGACACACACACACACAGGGGCCAGGAGCGGCCAUGGACAAUCAGUGCACUGUGCAGGUUAAACUCGAACUAGGCCACCGAGCUCAGCUUCGGAAAAAGCCGACCCCUGAAGGCUUCACCCAUGACUGGAUGGUGUUCGUUCGAGGCCCAGAGCAAAGCGAGAUUCAGCACUUUGUGGAGAAGGUCGUUUUUCGUCUGCACGAGAGUUUCCCGAAACCCAAACGCGUUUGCAAAGAACCGUCUUAUAAAGUGGAGGAGUCUGGCUAUGCUGGGUUCAUCAUGCCCAUUGACGUGUACUUCAAGAACAAGGAAGAACCAAAGAAAGUCUGCUUCACAUACGACUUGUUUCUAAACCUGGAAGGGAAUCCUCCUGUGAAUCACCUGCGCUGUGAGAAGCUCACCUUCAACAACCCGACAAAGGAAUUUCGGCGGAAGCUUUUGAAGGCGGGAGGGAUCAUGGUGAUGCCCGAGGGAACAGACACCCCAUCCCGACCAAGCCCCGACUACCCCAUGUUGCCCACGAUUCCUCUGUCCGCGUUCUCCGACCCCAAAAAGAGUAAACCCUCUCACGGCUCAAAGGAUACGAACCGAGAGAGCAAGUCCUUGAAACUCCACAAGGUCACGAAGGAGCACAAGGAGAGGCCCGCCAAGGACCCGGAGAGCAAGACGCCGUUCAAAGAGUCCGAAAAGGAACACAGCAAAUCCUCUAAGGAUUCCUCCAGGAAGCCCACGGAGGCCAAGGUUCCCAAGGAGGAGAAGGCGACUGCCAAGGCCACUUCGAAAGAACCCAAACCUGCCUUCAAGGAGUCGAAACUGGACGGCACGUCCCCCAAAGGAGGGGGAGGGGCGAGCCUACAGCAGGAGACAAAACCCAGUGUUAAGAGACCCUCAAAUCUGGACUCGCUGAAGCCCAGUGCCAAAAAGCAAAAGAAAAGCACUUCGGAAACGUCCAAGUUUCCCGGCACGUCUCCCAGAAUCUCCUCCUCCUCCUCCUCGUACUCGGAGAAAAGGCAGGUGAAGGAGAAGGAAAAGGAAAAGGAAAAAGUGAACGUUAAGGUAGAGAAGGCCAAGGUGGAAAGCACUGUGAAAGAGGUGAAGAAAGCCGUGGAUUCAGACGACUGCAAUUCAGAAGAUGAGGUUUUGUCCAAAACCGAGUCGGUCCACACGAGUCCUUGCAAUUCAAGCUCCAGUUCUGACUCCAGCUCCGAUUCAGACUUCGCUCCGUCUCAGAACCACAGACAAGGGCCGCUGCGAUCCAUGGUGGAGGAGAUCCAGUCCGAGGGAUCUGACGACGACAGCAGCUCAGAGGAGGAAAGGCCGGUGAAGAACAGCACGGCUGGUCGGGAGAACAGGCUGAGUUUAAGCGACGACAGUGAAAGUGAAAGCAGUGAGAACUCCCACAUUCACACCCAGGACCAGACGUUGAUUCAGAAACACAUAACCUCCAGCAACAAGACAUCGGGGAGGAAAAGCCCUGAAAGCUGCGAUAAAACAGAAAAGUUUCUGAAAAAAGGAUUGCAAGAUAAGUCAUACACCGAGGAGCUGGUAGAUCUUCAUCGCAGGUUAAUGGCUUUGCGAGAACGCAACGUGUUGCAACAGAUUGUAAACCUUAUUGAAGAAACGGGACAUUUCAAUGUUACAAACACAACUUUUGACUUUGACCUCUUCUCGCUCGAUGAAACAACUGUCCGCAAACUACAGAGUUACCUGGAAGCCACGGCGACAUGACAAGACCUGGUCCUGCAAACGCAAGCUGUAGUUUGUUGACGUGGAAAAAAUAAAACCAUGGACUUCAAAUCCCUACACGGUGGAAGGUGCAGACAUUUGACGGUUCACUAGUGUUAUGAGACGAGAAACUGGAAUAUCACUUUGGGUGUUGAGCAUGGUGUCACGCCUGUUGGGAAUCGAGCUAAAAGGAAUCGAUGUGAUGUUAAGACGUUAAUCGGAAGCAUAAGUUAUGUCGCCUUUUUAUCAGUUGCUGAAAGCAUUGCCAUUGUUACGGGGGGGGAUUGUGGAGGGGAAGAGGGGGAGGGAGGGGAACGGGCGUUCAGAGUUCAGAACGAGUUGGGGGCGUUUAGGGGGUUGGUGGGGGUGGGGAGGGGAAAGCAAAUUGAGACUGACCUUUUCCUCUGAGGAGAGGUUCACUGUUUUCACGGCGUGAAACGAGGUGCGUUUUAAACGUUUUUUUUAAGACUGCUUUUUAAAAAGAGGGAAAAAGUGAGAGCGAAACUUAAGGAGAAAAAACAAUGUUUUUAAGAAAUGUUUUCCAAGGAUCGAGGGAUGGGGCGAGCGGGGUUUGGGGGCGGGUUGGGGAGAGCGAGAGAGAGAGAGAGAGAGAGCGCGAGAGAGAGAGAGAGAGAGAGAGGUGUUGGGGUGAAUGCUUUCCCUCCACACGCCCCCCCUCCCCUGCCCCCCGAUUGUGUUUUAGUUUAGGAACGUAUGUGAAAUUUUAACUCGAGAGAGAAUGUAUAUAUUGUGAAAAGAACAAAUGACAUACAACCCUGAUGUGAACAGAAGAAUUUUUGUGACCUUUUUUUUUUGCUAAUAAAACAGCCAACCAGACAAUUUUACUGCGGCUACUGGAAAUAAACACUCCCGUUUUGGAAGGAAAAUUAAAACCGGGCAAGUGACUUGAGAGAAGCACCACCCUUUCCACGUGCAGUCUCAGAAACCCGUAUCGACCGACUGCAUUGUAUAUUAUUCUAAAGAAUAUAUAUUUUUGAAUACUUUGAACACCCGAUUUUAUCUUUUAAGCCACUUCUAAAUGUGCACAUCAGGUAGCCUCUGCAAUAAGUAAUUUUGUGUAAAAGUAUUCUAAAUAUUCUAUGACGAGGUGGGUGCUUUUGAGUACGUAUGGUACGUACGUACACAGUCCCACCGCAGUGUGGAUGCAGGCACUUUGGUGGCGGUUACAGACUUUUAAUACUUCGCAUCUCUCUGUUGUAAGUUUCUUCUCAAAUCAAACCCUUUUCUUCAGAAACGGUUCUGUGAAAUGUGACUUGCAAUUAUAAAUGAACAAGAUGUUGUGUCAA